AUGGGGCGGAAGAAAAGUUCCAAGGCCAAGGGAGGAGGAGGAGGAGGAGGAGCAGCAGCAGCAGAAGCAGGAGACGAUCAAGCUGUGCAGAGAGAGGAUGAGACACAGGAGCAAGUUCAGCUAGAGGCCGAGAAGCAGGUCGAGGAAGGGGCAAGAGAGGAGAAGGUUGCUGAACCUGUAAAUGCGACUUCGUCGCCCGAGGACAACAACGUGCAUCCUGAUGAGGAGCAGGACAAGGUCAAAGCCGGAGACGACUCUGCACACAAGUACCUCUCUUUGUACUCCCUUGAGCAGCUGCUCAAAUCCACUGAUGCGCUACCAUCACUGAAUGAGCUGAGGCCAUCGUUGGAUUCCGAUGGAUACAUCAAACCAGUCCCCAUGCAAGCAGACGAGGACGAGGGCAGUGACAGUCAGAGCCAGCCGAGAUCGGAGGUUCCAGCGAGAGCGCUAUCAGGCGGCGCGAAUGGUGGAGCCGCGUCAGAAUUCUUGAAGGUGAAAGCGAAGAUUGAUCUUGUCGCAAAUGAUGAUAAGAGGGUUCAGAGAACUGGUUUGGAUAUCCCAGAGGAAUGCGAUCCUGGAAUACCGAAUCAUCAGAAGGAAGCAGCCCAGGGCGCAGACUCCAAGUCGUCUCAGACUCCUGCCGAAGCUCUUGUCGAACCCUCGCAAGGCGGCGAAGCCGUGAACAAGAACAUGGCCCAAACCGCCCCCGUCAACAAAACUUCCCAAGUCGACGAUCGACAGCGCGCUGCAAUCCCUCCGUCGGAUGAUGAUCUCGUCACUGACAUUUGUGCGUCCACCGACGAGCCGACCUUCAAACCUUUCAAGGCACCCAGCGACAUGGAGAUAUCGAGCACUGAGGCCUGGACUACAGCUGCGUUCCUUGCUGUCGGAACGGUCUCAUUGCUGUGGGUUACCUUGCGACUCACCGUCCUCAAGCGCUCGUAG